AUGGCUCCUCUCAGCGGAGGCUCCGUCUUUGCGACGCUGCUCAUGAACGAUGGUUACCUCCCGGGUGCCAUGGUCUUGGGCCAUUCCAUGAAGGACAGAGGCGCAAAAGCUCCUCUGGUGGCCUUUAUCCUCGUCGACAAACUAUCCUCAGACACGAUUAACGAGCUCCGAACUGUUUACGACCAAGUUGUGCCUAUCCAACAAAUUACCAACAAGAACCCUGCAAAUCUCUACCUGAUGAACCGACCUGACCUGAUAUCAUCCUUCACCAAGAUCGAGCUAUGGCGGCAAACACAGUUCAAGAGAAUUGUAUACUUGGAUGCCGAUAUGGUGGCUCUCCGAGCUCCCAACGAGCUCCUCAACAUGGACACAGACUUCGCCGCGGUGCCGGAUAUUGGCUGGCCGGACUGUUUCAACAGCGGGAUGAUGGUGCUGAAUCCCAACAUGUCAGAUUACUACGCGCUGUAUGCGUUGGCGCAGAGGGGCGUCAGCUUCGACGGAGCUGAUCAAGGGCUACUCAACAUGCACUUCCGCGAGUGGGAAAGGUUGAGCUUUGCCUACAACUGCACUCCCAGUGGCCACUACCAAUACGUCCCCGCCUAUCGACAUUUCCAGAGCAGUAUUGCCGUCGUACAUUUCAUCGGCGCAGACAAACCGUGGACAUUGGGCAGAGACAACAGGAUGAACACGGGCGUGUAUGGUGAACUGUUGGGGAUGUGGUGGUCUGUCUUUGACAGGCAUUAUCGUCCAAAGGCGGUCCAUUACUACGAUGCCCAGACAUUCGGUUCCAAGAAGACGGUGCAUGAUUAUGUUCGAGGUGAAGAACCACUAUACGUCGACCACUACCCACGGGAACCAGCACCCGAGUACCAUCACCAACCAGAGCAGUACCAUCAUCCAGAACCGCAUCACCAACCCCAGCAGCACCACGAACCGGAACCGCAUCACCAGCCGGCGCCAUCAGACCAAACAUCUCAGCCACAUGAGACACAUUCACAACAUGACCAACCUGAGCACAGCACGACUCUAGAGCUGCCACUGGGCGACGCACCUACUCCACAAGGCCCGCAAGAUUUCCAACCUGUCCCCACAAGAGAGCAAAGGCGAUUCUCGGCACCCCAUUCAGAAUGGGACCCGGCACGAGCACCGCCACCAGCCCACUCGAAACCAGAAGCGGCAAACUUCCCUACAACAAUCUAUGAUAUGUCAAGCGAGACGUCGCUUUUCCAGCCGCCUACUCACUACCCCGAAGCACCAAAGGAUAUGUGGUACCAAGUACCCGAAAAGGCACCUGAGCCAGAGAAACCCAAACCCAUCUUCCCGUGGGAAUCUAGAGCUCCCAAGCCGACACGGGUAUUUCCUCAGGCCAGGCAACCCAGCCCACCUCCGCCGCCGCCUCCUUCGAAGCCGGCAGCUUCUGUGCCUGAUGAACCGCCAACGGAAUUAGAGCCUACCGACGUCGAAGAAGCGAGCAAAGAAGGUGCUCUCAUCUCACCUCCUAAGUCACCACCCGAGCCAAUCAAUGUCUGGGAAUCUUUCCAACAACGGACGAAUGCCUGGGACGACAUGCCCGAAAUUGAGCGCUAUGUCCAGGCCAUGAGCCAACCUCGCAAAGGGAAGCUUCAGGUCUUGUAUAACACACUUGGCCAGCGCUCUCCUCGCAGCACUAGCGGCGCCACCUCUCCGACUGAUAGGAGUAGACGACGACCAAGCCUGAGACUAACCGACUUCCCCACCAAGGACGAGAGACCGAGCUUACCCGUGACUCCAGCACCGAUACGACGACCUACCUUCUGGGGUGGUGAUGAUAAAGCGGAUGAGGGAACCCUCCCAGCGGCCGAAGGGGUACCAAAGCAAGAAGAAUGGGUGCGUCGCUUCUCCCACUACCCCCAGCCUGAGUUUCCUCUCUCGCGUGUCCUGCCACCUGAUUUGCCGCGUGUUUUGCAUUGGAGAUGCCAAUAUUGUGGACGACAGAAUCCCAUCGCAAAACUUGAAGAACUUCAAAGGCGACAAAGCGAGGCACUGCUAUCGCCAACGGGGACGCGGGAGCUCGGGGAUGUGCCGGAGCCGCCGCCAAGAAAGAUGCCAGAAAGUUCGAGUAAAGAGGAGGCGGUGGAAGCGACGAUAUCACAUCUUUCGCCAACAAAAACACCCAAGGUACCAAAGCCCAUUCUAAAGGCACCACAGUUCGAACUGGGACAAGAGCAAGUGCCGUCGCCCGCCCAGCAGCCUCAGGACGUGGCGCACGAAAACCCGACUGUUGCGGUCGAGCCUAUACCUAGCACCAUCAUUCAACCGAUAGAGGAAUGGAGUCCUUCGGCAGACGAACCAGCUGCCUUGGAGGACAUUGGUUCCAAACCAACAGCACCGGCGCUGGCGGCCACGAACGCUUAG